AGCCCCGGUCCCAGCCCAGUCCGCAGAGAAACAAAUAAAAAAACUUGUCCAAGCUACUAUGCUACUAAGUACUCGAAAGUCCAAACCAUUCGGUAGCAAGUAGUAAGUAGUCUUCCCUCCUCCUGUGACGGUCCGGGACUCCGGGUCCGGGGGCGCGGCAGGGAUUUGAUUGGGGGAAGCGGGCGGGCGAUGAUUAUGCGGCGGCAGCAAAUGGCGCUGCGGCGCGCGUGGCGGCAGCGGCCGUUCAUGGCGGAGCAGCGGGCGUUUUUGGUGAACGUGAGGCUGAAAUGGGUGAAGGACCGCGCCCUCGACUCCGUCGUCGCCCGCGAGCGCUACCUCCGCCCCGCCCACCACCUGCUCGACCUCAUCUCUUCCGACCCGCGCGCCCGGAUCCCCCUCCGCGACCUCUCCCGGCUCGCCUCGCCCAAGCUCCCCUUCGACGCCCUCGCAUUCCUCCGCCGCUACCCCACCCUCUUCCGCGAGUCCGCCGCCGCCGCCGGCUUCUCCCUCACCGACGCCGCCUCCGCCCUCCGCAACCGCGAGCUCGACCUCCUCCGCGACGCCGAGGCCGACCUCGUGGAGCGCCUCCGCCGCCUCCUGAUGCUCACCGCCCCGCGCUCCCUCCCCCUCCACACCGUCGACCUCCUCCGCUGGGACCUCGGCCUCCCCCGCGACUACCGCGCCUCCCUCCUCCCCCGCCACCCCGACCUCUUCGGCCUCGUCCGGCCCCCGGGCGACGAGCGCGUCUGGAUCCGCCUCCUCUCCUGGGACCAGACCCUCGCCGUCUCCGAGCUCCAGAAGAGCUCCGCGGUCCAGAUCGGGGGCGAGGGCUUGGCCUUGGCCUUCCCCGUGAGCUUCACGAGGGGCUUCGGCCUCAGCAAGAAGUGCGCGGCGUGGCUCAAGGAGUGGCAGGCGCUGCCCUACACCAGCCCCUACGCCGACGCCUCCGCGCUGGACCCGCGCACCGACGUGUCCGAGAAGCGCAUCGUGGGGGUCUUCCACGAGCUCCUCCACCUCACUGUGGGGAAGAAGACGGAGCGCAGGAACGUGAGCAACAUGCGGAAGCUGCUCGGCAUGCCCCACAAGUUCACCAAGGUGUUCGACCGCCACCCGGGCAUCUUCUAUCUCUCGCAGAAGCUGGCCACGCAGACGGUCGUGCUCCGAGAGGCCUACGGCGGCGGCGGCGGCGGCGGCAGUGGCAAUGGCGGCCGCCAGCUCCUUGUAAAGCUGAAGCACCCCUUGGCGGCUAUUAGGGAGGAGUAUACGGCCUUAAUGAGGGGCGCAUUGCCGGUGAGAAGGAGAAGAGGCGCUUCACACCCAAGUGAGGAAGAGGAGGAGGAGGACGACGACGACGACGAUGCCGAUGCUGGAGGAGAUGAUGGCUCUGAUGGCUAUGAGACUUGACUUCACAGACGCAUUGAAGGAUUGCAAAUCUAUGUAAAUGUCUGGCAGCCCCAAAUCAAAAUUCAUUCAUGGAAUGAAGGGACCAGCACUGCUCAUCCUUGAUUCAUUUGAGCUGCUGCAGCCAUUCAAACACACCCCAAUUCUCACGAGUGAAUCGGACUGUGUCUUCAUCAACUAUUAUUUAGAGGCCCUCCUUGUUGAUAUCUUUAGGGCUGCAUCCACAUUAGGACGCUUGGAGAAUGACUAAUAGGACGCGUGGAAAAUAUAAUAAUCAAAUGGUGCAUGUGCUUGUAGGUCGAUUAGCCUUAUGAGAAAGCAACAUAGAGGCGCGCAUGAAGCAGAAGCAUUACAGUUUGUCUAUGAUCUUUAAUUAGGGUGAAAUCUUAUGUAGAUGACAACAUCUAUCCCUCUCCUUGGCGUGACGCUAGUUGCACGCUCAACGGCUGAAUGCUAUAUUGGCUGUGAUCAAUAGAGGAAAAGGAAUUAUUUGGAGACUAACUAUAAUACCAUGCGAUACAUCAUAAUACUUUCGCUAUCAUAUGAGCUUUUGGUUUGCUCUUCGCUUUUGGUUUGCUCUUCACAUUUUUUCCAUUUUAACAUAGGUCCCAAUCUAGUAAUGAAUCUUUUUCAUUCGUAUAGUUUAACAUUUGGAAUAUUCUCAGGUGGUAAAAAGGCUGUCUCACUUUCUCCCAUUGUUUCCAUUUGACUUCUGCAGUCUUGUCCCACUUGUGGUGCUUUUACCAAUACUUUAACUCUCUGCUCUAAUUAGACGAAUCAUAUACGUGUAUCUCAUUUCAACUGUAUGUUUUUAAAAUAUGUUGUUUCAUGCUUUAUUUUCUUCCUAACCAAUGCUGUUAUAAAGAAUUCUUUAUCUUCUUGUCACUCUACAGAGUUUUGUUGCUUUAAUCAAAGGUGAUGCUUCGUGGAAAUGACAGUAGUACUUCCCCAUGGCAACCAUGUUCUUUGUGUCUGUAGAUUGUUGUCUAUAUCUCCUUCUAAUUGAUCUAUCCGGUGUAAUACCAAACCAUUAUUUCUGGUUAUUUCAUUGAAUACAUGCAAUCUCUAAUUGAUUCCUUAUAGUUGUAUUUCUCAUUCUCAUUUUUUUGAAUAUACAGAGCUACGGCUUGCCACUUAGGUGCCCAAAAGAUACCCAAACUAAGCCCAUUGGGUUGAGCCUGAUACCAAUAGUUGGUGCAGAUCUUAGUACAACUUUAUAUUGUAGCGUCUUAAUGUACUCUUAAUGUGAUAUAGGGUCCUGUUGGUAUUUUGUAUAACCCUACAGUUCACAUCUUCUUCUCAACUGACCGAACAUAAGUGAAACCUAAGACUCAAACAUUCUUUAGAUCAUUCACUCAACAUCUAAGUAAAAACUGCAAUAUAAAGAGCAAGAAUAAUGGCAUAAUCAUUAUCCCGUUCUAGCUUUGGUUUGUAGAUAGCAUGGUGUAUAAUAAUGAUGCAGUUCUCUAGCUAUGGAGAUACCUUGAUAGCUGAGAAAAUGGCAGAUUAAUAGGAAUAUAAAAGGUUAUCAAGGAAAUGACUAUUAUCUUUAUGAGAUUCAGCAGUUAGUUAAGAUGGUCUUCUUGCUCCAGAGUUUUGCUUACAUUUUACUAUGGUG